AUGGCAGCUAUACCCAACGAAUAUCUUUCCAAAGCAGAAGAUAUUGCCGAGGAGGUUUACAAAAGGACCAAAGGAGUUUUACCAACUGUAGCUCGAAUGUGCCUCAUCUCAACAUUUCUUGAAGAUGGAAUCAGAAUGUGGGUACAGUGGUCAGAACAGAGAGAAUACAUGGACAUGUCAUGGGGAUGUGGGCAAUUUUUAGCCACAAUGUUUGUUUUAGUGAACUUAGUUGGACAAUUAGGGGGUUGUGUAAUGGUUCUAAUCCAAAAGAAAGUUACUAUAGCUGUUGGAGUGCUAUUUUUUAUUGUAAUAUUACAGACAUUAGCAUACAGUAUACUAUGGGAUUUUCAAUUCCUGUUGAGGAAUCUCGCACUCAUUGGAGCCCUCCUCUUUGUACUAGCCGAUUCACGCAAGGAAGCUAGGAGUCUGUUUGCUGGAGUUCCCACUCUAGAUGACAAUAAUCCUAAGAGUUAUUUGCAAUUGUUUGGAAGGAUUCUUCUUGCAUUUAUGUUUAUCACUCUGGUUAGAAUUGAGUUUUCAUUCCUUCAAAUUGUACAGGAUAUAAUAGGAACUAUUAUGAUUAUCUUGGUAACUAUUGGAUACAAAACUAAACUCUGUGCAUUUGUUUUGGUCUUGGUGUUAUCUCUUUUGAAUUUAUAUCACAAUGCAUGGUGGCAAAUUCCAGAAUAUAAACCUUUAAGAGAUUUUUUGAAAUAUGAUUUUUUCCAGACAUUAUCAGUAAUUGGUGGUCUACUUAUGAUUGUUAUUCUUGGACCUGGAGGUGUAUCAAUGGAUGAACAUAAGAAGAAAUGGUAA